UGUACUUGCACUUUUCCCUUUUUUCUUCUCCCAUUCGUGCACGAACUCCACCCCUCCAACAGAGCUAGGGUUUCUGCUUGAAGUGCAGAUUGCACUCUCACGUGGCGCGCAAAUCCUCCGAGUAAAGAUCCAGCGGCAUCCCUGCAUACACCAGCAAUUGCGCCUAUUGUUGUGCCCACUCGGAACGCGCCAUCAACGUUGAUUUUCAGCGAUUUCGGGGCAGGGGGAUGCCAUUGGGAUGACGAGGUACAGUCUCUCUCCAACCCUUUUUUCUGAUUUGAGUUCCAAAUGCUGAAGUUUUCGUGCUUUGCGAGUGUUUCGGUGACUACUCCACGCGGAUCCGGUGUCUUCUUUCGAAAGAUGGCCUUGUUCCUCUCUUUCCAUACAAACCAGAGCGUCUCGGCAACUAGUUCGAGGGAAGGUGCUUCUGUUGUCCAGGGGCAAAGCAAAAACAAGUGCUCUGCUGAUUCGGGCUUCAUAUUGCACAACUGGCAUGUCGGAUCAGUAUUAUGGUGGAUAUGGACACCAUGGGACAUCAUUUGAGCAGACAUAUCGCCGUCGCCCUACAUCUUUUAUUGAAAAGAUGACCCCCCAUAUCUUCUCGACCAGGUAACCCGCCCCUUUAUUGACCCGCCACCAACGCCCGUCAGACAAAGGAACCUCCUAUGAAAGACCACGCAUUUACUACCCAAUUGUCUUGUCACUUUCGACUCAGCAUUGUUGGACUGGCGAUUCCCCGAAGACGGCUGGCUAAUGAGAAAUCAAGAUUUAUCGGUUCAAGGAAAGACUUAAGAGUUGCUAAUUCAUCCAUGUCAAAGCCAUUGCUGCGAAAGAAAGAGCAACCACAUACGAGUUGCAUAAGCGGAAACUCUUAGAAAUGUUUCCUUAUGUUUUGCUUCUUCUCUCUGUCUCAUUCAGCCCCUCUUUGUCCACAAGCACUGACACCAUCUCACCCGGCGAGUCUCUCUCCAGAAACCGGACAUUAAUCUCUCAAGGAGGAACAUUUGAGAUGGGCUUCUUUUCACCAGGUAACACUGGUAACCACUACAUUGGCAUUUGGUACAAAGGCUUACCUCAAAAGACUCUGGUUUGGGUCGCAAAUAGGAACCGUCCGGUGUUUGACCCGUUCUCCUCGGAGUUGAAGCUCCUCUGGGACGGUAAUUUAGUCAUACUCGCUUCAUCCAAGCGUCAAAUCUGGUCGACUGGUUCGACAUCACUCAUGCCUAAUUCGACUUCAGGAGUGCUCCUUGACAAUGGAAACUUCAUUUUAAGGAAGACAUCGGAUGUGUCUAGUGUUGCUUGGCAGAGUUUCGAUCAUCCCACUGAUACGUGGUUGCCAGGUGCCAAGUUUGUAUAUUAUUCACGUACCUCUGAACGGACAGUUUUGGUGGCUUGGACAGAUUUCGAUGAUCCAGCUCCUGGGAUAUUCUCUGCAAUGCCGGCAGCAGAAGGAAAAUUUCUGUUAUCGCUAUUUAACAGGUCAGAAGCCUACUGGAAUUGUAGUGACUGGAAUGAGGCUGAUUAUGGGCUUCAGCCUUCACAGACAGUGGAAAACACGAUCAACUUCACCUUUGUUUCGAAUGAGAAUGAGACCUAUUCCAAAUAUUCCUCAGUUGCUCCUUAUAAUCUUUCUAGGAUAGUGCUCGGACCGACAGGGCUGUACCAGCAAUUAGUAUGGGCAAAGCACAUCCAGGAAUGGAAAGUGCUUUGGAUACUACCAACACAAACGUGUGAGAUUUAUCCCUUUUGUGGUGCUUCUUCUAACUGCAAUCAGAGUGAUGCACCGGUUUGUGAUUGUGCUCUUGGACACUUAGAUAAUCUGAAGCUGGAAGAUCAUAUGGGCCGAUGCAAGAGGAGAAAUGCGUCGAAAUGUAGUGGUGACGGGAAAGAUAAUUUUUUCCUCAUGCCUCAUACACAACUGCCGAAAAAUUCUGAUUCGUUCAUGGUAGAAAACGUUGAUGCAUGCAGGUUAUUGUGCUUGAGCAACUGUUCGUGCAGUGCAUACGCUUACAUUGCUAAGUGUCAGAUAUGGACGGAUGAGAAAUUUAUGGUUCAACAUUCCGCCAGUGUUGGAGUUUUUAAAGAUUUCUAUGUCCGGAUUGCGGCGUUGGACUGGAAGGAGGAGAGAGAAAAGGGGAAACCCAGUUUGGUAGCAGCAGUUGUUGUGUCCUUAGCUUUUCUCGUGCUCCUUGGUGUGUUGCUGGCGACUAUUAGGACAAGACGGUUUGCUCGUGCAGUGGACGAUCAUUUGCUGCAUUUUGAAUAUCGAAUUCUGAAGAAGGCAACAAAGAACUUCUCUGAGAAAAUUGGGGAAGGCGGGUUUAGUUCUGUUUUCUGGGGAGCACUGCCAGACUCAACUCCUGUAGCAGUGAAGAAACUUGCAAACCAAAACCAAAGUAACAAACAGUUCCUCGCGGAAAUUAGAACUAUUGGAACGAUACAGCACGUCAAUGUGGUUCGACUGCGCGGCUUUUCUGCAGAAGAGUCGAAGAGGUUCCUAGUUUAUGACUACCUUACAAAUGGUUCGCUCGCAGCUCAUUUGUUUCAGAAAGGUUCCAACACCCUCGAUUGGAAAACCAGAUACAACAUUGCCAUUGGGAUUGCUAAAGGAUUGGAGUACCUCCAUGAGAGGUGUCGAGAUCGCAUCAUACACUGUGAUAUCAAGCCGGAGAAUAUACUUUUGGAUUCAGAACUCGCACCACAGAUUGCUGAUUUCGGCCUCUCGAAGCUUGUGGGACGGGAUGCCAGCCAGGUAAUUACCACCAUGAGGGGAACCAGAGGGUACCUGGCACCAGAAUGGAUUUCUGGAGGAGCCAUUACUGCGAAAGUGGACGUUUUCAGCUAUGGAAAGAUGCUGUUUGAGAUCAUGUCGGGAAAGAGAAACAUUGAGGAGCUGAAUAGUGAUAUGCGCCAUUAUCUACCGCUUCAGGUAGCUAAUUCAAUAGCCAAAGGAGAAGAAGUCUUGCCACUUGUGGACCACAGAUUGAAAGGACUCGUGGAGACGGAAGAAUUGCGCAGAGCAUGCAAAGUGGCUUGUUGGUGCAUUCAAGACAGCGAGAAAGAUAGACCAACUAUGUCUCAGGUAGUUCAGAUUUUGGAGGGGGUUAUGGCAGUAGAAAAGCCUCCAAUCCCAAGAAUUUUGUUGCAACUGGUAGGAAGUGAUGAGAUUGAGGCAUAAAACGUAGCACUAUGCCCUUUCUUCGAUAAUUUAUGGGCAUGGUGUAGCCCCAAUCCAUCCUCCUUUGAGUUUCUACAGUUACAAGCUGUGUACCUCCAUGGCCAAUAAAUUACGGUAACCAUUGUGGCCACUCGAAAUAUAAAGACAAAACAGUUAAUGUCGCUGAUGGACUCACUGGUCUAGGAUCUGUAUCAUGCUUUCCAGAAUUGCAGCUCCAAACCAUUUAAUACCCAUAUUUCUCCAUCCUCUUGCAGCAGAAGAUCCAGUGAAAGGAGUUGGUCAUCUAUUCAGCUUAUGUGUAUGCUCCAAAUGAAAUUAGAUGAACUGUUUGAACAAAACAAUGCAAAA